AUGAAGACAGCCUCUGCUCUGAUGCUUCUGGCUCUCUGUGGCCUCGCACACACCAACUCGCUGGAGUCGUGCGAGGCCCGCUGUGAGUUCGGCACAGACUCGGACUUCUCGUGUCAGUGUAAUCCGUCGUGUGAGAAAUACGGAGACUGCUGCAACGACUACGCUCAAUUCUGCAAAUCCGCCACUUCCUGUAAAGGCCGCUGUGAUGAGGGCUACAACCAUCAGGACGAGUGCCACUGCAACUCCAAGUGCUCCCAGUACAACAACUGCUGCGACGACUACAGCGACGUGUGUGGCGCCGGUGGCAGUGCAGUGACAGAUGCAGAGAUCAAGUCUGUAUCUGAGGCUCUUUUCGCUCUGGACUCAAACAAAGCGUCCGGGUCUCAGCUCAUCAUCGACCCACAGGCCCUGAUCUCCGACUCACAGACCGGCUCCCAGAAAGACCUCGCCACAAAACCCUUGUUCCGUUACCUGGACGAGGAGGCUCUAUUCUCCAGGCCCACAUACGCCGCCCUGCUGGCCGUGCUGGACAACUACAGGCGGAUGACGGGGCAGACAGAGACGUUCAGCGAGCAGCAGCUGAACGAGCAGGACGCCUUUGUGAGACAGACCAUGUCCAACACCGAAGUGGGACGAGAGCUCUUCAUGUUCCUCUCCUCCAAAGGAGUGUAUUCGUCAGAGGAGGACUUCAUUCAGGACUUGAAGAACAUGUGGUUUGGCCUUUACUCACGCAGCAGCGGCCAACUGGACUCCAGCGGCUUCGAGCACAUCUUUGCAGGUGAAGUUAAGGGAGGAAAAGUGUCCGGUUUCCACAAUUGGAUCCAGUUUUAUCUCCUGGAGAAGAGAGGAGAGCUUAACUACUACAGCCACAGCUUCACCGGACCUUGGAGCUCGUACCCGGACGUGCUGGGGCUGCAGUUUAAGUGGGACGGGUACUUCAAGCAGGUGGGCUCGGCUGUGAUCGGCUGCAGUCCCGAGUUCGACUUCGCCCUCUACAGCCUCUGCUACAUCACACGCCCCGGGAAAAGAUGUCACUUGAGUCUCGGAGGCAAAGAGCUGAGGAUCCAGACCUACACCUGGGACAAAACCAGCUACGGAGACGGAAAGAAGUACAUCGGCUCGGCUUUCCCCGCUUCACCCUGA